AUGCGCAGAGAUUCGACUGCCAGCACUGCUACACUCCCCCCGCUGGACUACCUUCACUCCAGUCCAGUCAGAGGUCAACUAGAGCCUUCAGAUGAGGUCACAAAAAAAUCCGGCUGGCGUUUUCUCCAGUGCACAGACACUCCAAAUGAGCUCAAAGUACUUUUACCUCCCCGCACAGCUCAGCUAUACUCCCGCCUGCUCAAAGCAGAGAAAUCUGAGCUCGCCAAAAAGUCCAAUGCAUCUUGGGACCGUAUCCUCGAAAUACGGCACCUCAAGGAUAGAAUGAUUAGAAAGUGCCAGAGGCUAGCUCGUUCUUAUUCCGCCAGCAGGCCUUCUGCGAAGGUCCCCUUCUUGUCCAUUCAUGCGCCACUUGAUUUCAGAUUAAAAGAGAUGGAGAAGUGGAUUCGCCUACAUGGCGAGCCUGAUGAAUCCAGCAAGACGAUGCCUGUGGGCAACUCCAUCCGCCCGCGCAAUUCAUUCUGCUGUGAUCGUUGCACGAAUAUGGUCCCUCAUCAGCACACCAUAUCUCGUCGACCAUCAACCCAAUCAACCCACUCCCGUCGUUCAGCACUCUCCGACCAUUCCCCAUCAAAAGCUCUCCCACCAUCUCCCCGACGUGCUCGCUCCUCCAAGGCGAGUUCUGUCCAAAGCGAUCACAAACCUUCUCCCGUUGCGAGCUCCAUCACUUUGAAUGAGAGUCAUUCGCAUCAUCAAAGUCAAUUAUACGAAAGCAGGGUCCACGAAAGUAGUAUACACCAGGAGACCGGGGAUAACCAAGUACAUGCGACUUUCACCACACACGAGAGUGGGUUUGAUGAUAGUAGCAGUACUCAGGAAAGCAGGGUCCAAGACGCCAGCAAUAUUCGUACGCGACAAAACAAGCACUCCAGGAGUAUGUCAUAUGAUGCACGGAGAUUUGCUGAGAGUGGUCUUCAGGAAAUCACGCGCACUAUGCACGUCAUUCCUGAAGCAUCAGAAGUCGGUAUCGAUCACAGCACAGUGUCGGUCAGCAAACUAUCGAUCAUUUCACCCGAUCCAUUGCCUCAUCCAUACCAUGGUUCGACUUCAGCGGUUUUCUUGAACAUGGUCGAGAGCCCUGUAGAUGCUCUUCCGGUGCAGAGCGCUGAACCUUUCUAUACUCGCAUCACGGAAGACGAGGGAGUAAGCACACCUCCUUCCGAAGAUGAACCCACCAGCGACUCCCCUCCCCAGCCAAACACCCUCCGUAGACGCAGUAGCCUCAAACGCAGCAACAAUGACCUGCGCGUGAGUAUGGCGUUCUCUGCUAAGACCGUAUCCUGGGCGAUGGACCGCGACUGGGCCGAUCAAGUUUCGAAGUAUAACGCUGCGGCGGGUGAAAUCGAGCAUGCUGACCGGGAAUGGGAUACCAUUUGUGCGACGUAUCAUGAAGAACUUGCUGGCAUGAAGGCUCUACGUCGAAAUGUUACGCAGACCCUGGCCAGGUUACGCUCGGAGGCAGAGAAGCUACAACGCGAAGACGAGGUGAUCCGGGAUCAAGAGGACAAGCUGCGAGAAGGUUAUAAGCAGCUCGAGCAGAAGCAUGGUCAGUAUCGAGAAAAGGUUAAAGCUGUUCUAGAAGAGACUGAACAGGUUCUUACAUUGUGUGGCACCAAGCGAGAUUCUUAA